CCAGUGUGAUUCUGCCAGCGCCGUUGUCGUACCAUGGUUCAGCUGACGACGGGCUGGGCGGUAUCCGCGUGGUUAUUGUUACCGGUGUUGGCCACGGCCGAAUCCCUCGACGCCGUGGUCGAGUAUAAGGUUGGAGUGCUGAUGACAUCCAAAUUAAAUUCGCCGUUUGAUUUGGAACGAUGCGGACCCGCUGUCGAUCUGGCCUUGGACAUGGUAAACAAAAAUUUGUUGGCGCAUCACAAUGUCCGCCUCAAAAAAGUUGAAAAAAGCUAUCCUUAUUGCUCAGGUGCUCAAGCUCCCGGUUUAGCUGCGGAUAUGAAAUUUAAAGAUAACGUUAUAGCUUUCAUUGGACCUGUUUGUGCAUUCGCUUUAGAACCAGUUGCUAGAUUAGCAGCUUAUUGGAAUUUACCAAUUAUAACUGGGAUGGGAGACCAGCCACCAGCUGAAGGGCAAGUAUCACUUAUGCCGGCAAUACUUGGCAAGAAAAAUGAAUCGGGAAAUUUUAAUGAUAAAUCAGAGUAUCCGACACUUACUAGAAUGUCUUAUUGUCAAUGCCGAUUAACUCUGGUGUUUCUUAGUAUUUUUAAAAAUUUUAAUUGGAAACACGUGGCUCUAAUUAUUGACCGGUCCGAUUUGUUUUCCCUGACUGUUGGUAAAAACUUGGAAAACGGUCUCCGCAGAGGAAGUGUUUCGACGUAUAUUCGGGAUUUUGAUGGUAAUGACGAUGAUCCCUGUGAAACGUAUCUAAGAGAUGCCAGCAUGUAUGCAAGAGUUAUUAUAUUGUGUGUACGAGGGACUUUAGUACGGAAAUGUAUGCUAGCUGCACACAAAAUCGGAAUGACUAAAGGUGAAUGGGCAUUUUUAGACGUAGAGUUAGUUCAGGGUACUCAUUGGGAUGAACGAGGUUGGUCAGCAGACGAUGAGCAAGACAAAGCGGCUAGAAAAGCUUAUGAAGCAUUAUUACGUGUAUCUUUGCUUAAACCGUCACUUUCACAGUUUCGAAAUUUCUCCAAACUUAUAAAAUACAAAGCUAAAGAAAAUUAUAACUAUACCUUGUCUGAAAAUGAAGAGGUAAACAUUUUCGUGGCAGCUUUCUAUGAUGGUGUUCAUUUACUUGGUAUGGCUAUGAAUGAAACACUAACUAAUAAAAAAAACAUUAGAGAUGGAAAAGCAAUCACUAGUUUAAUGUGGAAUAGAACAUUUUCAGGUAUCAUCGGACGAGUGAGAAUUGAUGAAAACGGUGAAAGGGACGCGGAUUACGAAAUAUUAGACUUAGAUCCUAUUACUGGUCGUUUUGAAGGGAUAGCUCGGUACUACGGGGAAGCAAGAAAUUUUACUCCAGCAAAAGACAAACAUAUACAUUGGCCUGGUGUAUCAGAUGGUCCACCUAAAGAUGUGCCAUUAUGCGGGUUUUUAGGAAAUGAUCCUGCCUGUAGUUCAGAAGGUACUUAUUAUAUAACAUUAUACGCAUCAAUAGCAUUUCUUGUGUUUACAACAUUCGUUUCGAUUUUAGCAUUUAUAAUAAACCGACAACUGAAACUGGCAGCAGAUUUAAACAAUAUGUCUUGGAGAGUGAGACCCGAAGAAGUAUUAAUCGAAGUCAGUAAACCAUAUUCGUCACGUUUGGCAUUACAAAAGCCUACAGAGAUUUUUGAACCAGCCUUACAAGAAAAGUUAAAUUGUCGUAGACGAUCCGAUACUUCUAAUUCAUCAUUACCACCAGCUAAAGUUUACACAACCGUAGGAAUUUACAAAGGUUCUAGAGUAGCAUUAAAAAAAGUUGUAAAGAAAAAAGUUGAUUUGAAUAAAAAACUGUUGUGGGAAAUUAAACAAGUAAGAGAUGUAACACACGAAAAUACAGUUCGCUUCAUCGGAGCAUGUAUUCAUUGUCCAACAGUACUAAUUAUAACAGAAUAUUGUCCAAAAGGUAGUUUAAAAGAUGUACUUGAAAAUGAAGCUCUACGCCUCGAAUGGAACUUCAGGAUGUCUCUAAUUCACGAUAUCGUUAAAGGAAUGGCGUUCUUGCAUAGUUGUGAAGUAGGAGUGCAUGGUAAACUUCGCUCGAGUAACUGUUUAAUUGACGGCCGGUUCGUGCUUAAACUGUCGAACUUCGGAUUACGUACGCUCACAACUCCCUCGGAAAUUAUUCGCGAUAGUGAAUACUAUUAUAAAUUAUUAUGGGUUGCUCCGGAACUUUUAGGCGAGCAAAACACAAGUGUAAUUCCACCUACUCAAAAAGGAGACGUUUACAGUUUUGCAAUUGUAUUAGAAGAAAUAGUUGUACGAGGUGGUCCAUACGAUUUCGUAAAAAACGAAAUGACACCUCAAGAAAUACUUGAAAAAGUUGAAAAACGGGAAGAACCAUAUUUUCGACCCGACAUAUCAGGACAUGAUUGCCCAGAACAGCUUUCCGAGUUAAUGCAAAGAUGUUGGAACGACACACCCGAAGAAAGGCCGGGAUUUGACAUUAUGCGUAGUAUUGUACGACAAAUAACAAGAGGCUAUUGUGAAAAUUUGAUGGACGAUUUGGUUUUAAGAAUGGAGCAAUAUGCCAAUAAUUUAGAAGCUCUUGUUGAAGAAAAAACUGAUCAAUUAAGCCAAGAAAAACGUCGUUCAGAAGAAUUAUUGUUUCAAGUACUCCCUAGACCUGUCGCUCAACAGCUUAUGGCUGGUGAAAUGGUCAAGCCUGAACAGUUUGAAAACGUUACUGUAUACUUUAGUGAUAUUGUUGGAUUUACAGCACUUUGUGCACAAAGUUCUCCUAUGCAAGUAGUGAAUUUGCUGAAUGACUUAUACAGUACGUUUGAUAGAAUCAUAGGAUUUUAUGAUGUGUACAAGGUUGAAACUAUUGGAGAUGCUUAUAUGGUAGUUUCUGGAUUACCAGAAAGAAAUGGUGACAAUCAUGCUAAGGAAAUCGCUUUAAUGGCAUUGGCUAUAUUAGAUGCUGUUCAAAUGUUCACCAUUCAACAUAAACCCGAUGCGCAGCUCAAAGUUCGCAUUGGAAUUCAUACGGGACCUGUAUGUGCUGGAGUGGUUGGACAAAAAAUGCCUCAUUACUGCUUAUUUGGAGAUACAGUCAACACCGCAUCUAGGAUGGAAUCUUCAGGAGAACCAUUAAGAAUUCAUGUAAGCUGGGCAACCAAAAAUAUAUUGGAAACGUUUCAAACUUUUAAAUUAGAGUUAAGAGGAGACGUAGAACUUAAAGGUAAAGGAGCUGUUGUAACAUAUUGGUUAGUCGGAUGCACCGAACAAGACCCUCGACCACCAACUCCAAUUAAUACUGAUACCUUAGACCCUAAUAAUCCUUACCCUUUAAUAUUUCCUGAGUUAAGUAAAUAGAUGGUAUUAACUGUGUAUUUUUAAUAUCUCAAACAAAUUAUUUAAUUUGAAACUUUUUUAUGAUUUUAUUAUUUAAAAAAUUCAAUCAUUUCAAAACAUAUUGUUAUUUAUACAUGUAAGUAUGUGAAAAUAUAAUUAAUAUAAAAAACUUUUUUUAUGA